AUGCCUUCUGCUAUGAAACUGGCACUCGCCGGAGCCGCUGCACUCCUUUCUGCCCUUCAUGCCAAGAAUUAUAGCCUCGUUGAUGUCAGUGGGUACACCGAAAACAACAGCCCCCGCUUUGCUGGCAUUUUUAUAAAGCACGACAAUAAGCCAGAUGUCGCUGCCAGGGGCGAAGUUGACGCCAAAUCUUAUCCCGCUCUGUUCUUCCUGCUCCGUGCUGAAGGUUAUCGACCAAAGGUCGUUGAUGGAUAUACUGUCAACGGCAACGCUAGAUUUACCACUAUAUGGGACAAAUCGUCCAAAACCCCCUGGGAGGAGAGAACCGGCAUGUCUGCUGAUGGAUUCCAAAGAGUUUUCGACCAUCUUGUUAAGAAGGAAGGAUAUCGCCUGACCUAUGUCAGCGGCUACGCUGAAGGGAAAGAGGCCCGCUAUGCUGCGAUCUGGGAAAAGUCGAACAAGAAAACCGAGUGGGUUGCUCGUUUUGGCCUCACAAGCAAGAUAUAUCAGGAGGAAUUCGACAGGAACUUGAAGCACGGCCUCAGACCAGUCCAUGUCAACGGGUACUCUGUUGACGGCAAGACUUAUUUCGCUGCCAUCUGGGAGAAGUCCAACUCUGUUUUUGAAGCCAGACAUGGCUUGACCGCCCAGAGAUACCAAGAGACUUUUGACGCUUUGGUCAAGAAGGGCUAUGUCCUUUCUGUUGUUAGCGGUUAUGAAGAUGGAGACUGCAUCAGAUAUGCUGCUAUCUGGAACAAGGAAUAG